AUGAAGACUGCUAUUUUUCUGUUCUUUCUAGCUGUGAACGCCACUAAUCUCAGGGACGUUUACAAAGAGUUAAGCGCAAAAUAUGAGGACAUUAGGCACGAUAAGUUUAACAACAUGAUAAUUCGAAACGUGCCUUAUGGAACACCAAAGCCCCAACCAGCUCUGGCAGAGUACUACACAUUCAAGCAAAACGAUUCGGUGAACGUUAUCACUGGACCACAUGGCCGGAAGAUCUUCAGAGAAUUCCGAAGACUAUCCAUAUCGGAUGUUAUGAAUAGAAAACGCCCCGGUAUAAUUCCAUGA